GCAAAAGAAAAAUUAAUCAAGUCAGUCUGCCAGUGAAACCGGUACGGGGCGUACGCGUCGCCGCAUACGAGGUGCCGGAUAUAAAUCAACGCGAGAGAAAGUUCGUCAAAUUGUUACCAAAAAGUGUUUCAGAAGAAUAUCAUAACAAAAGUCACUAGAAUAAGGAUAAAAUGGCAUCAAGCGCGGAAGCGUUUGUGAACGCACUCCUGACGAAGGAGGCGUUAGAACAGCCGUCAGACCAAGUGAAGCCAGAUGAGCUGGUCAUGGAACUGCCAGACUGGUUCGACGAGAAGAAAUAUAACAGGGGUCGCAAAUUCUACGCAGAGAAUUCGUUCUCACUAAGUUCUACGAUGCUGAUGGGACUGGUGGCAGUGUUCUCGGUGCCAUCCAUCUUGAAGGUGCUGGCUGGUUCCCGCCGCUCCAACUCAGUGUACACGGCCUACAGACGUUAUCUCUCCACAUUGCUGCAUACCAUUUCGUGGUUUGAGCACGAACUAAAGCCUGGGACCAUAUCAUGGAAGUCACUAUACGUGGUGCGAACUCGCCACAUAAAGGCAGGACUUGCCUCCAAACUCAAGGGCAUCGGACUGGUCUCACAAAGGGACCUGGCGCUCACACAGUUCGGCUUCGUCGGGUUUUGCAUGCUCAAACCUGAUAAGUUUGGAAUCAGGCAGCUGAAGGAAGGUGACUGGGAUGCCUACAAUUAUGUUUGGAGAGUCAUCGGGCACAUGAUCGGAAUUGAAGACAGAUACAACAUCUGCCGGGAGACAUUUGAGGAGACGCGCGAAGUGUGCCAGCUUCUCUUAGACCGAGUUUACACCCCGUGCCUGGAGAAUGUUCCAGAAUACUUCGAGCACAUGGCUCGUGUCAUGCUGGACGGCUUGUGGUCCGUCAACCCGACGGUGGACACAGACGGCUUCCUGUACUGGUGCCGAGUACUGGCUGACGUGCCCGGCUAUAUCUAUACCGAGAGUGACAGGAUACAACUGCAAGCUAAGUUGAGGAAGCACUUGAAAGGGAAAUCUCUUGAUACAGGCGUAGACUCGACAGAGCUGAUGUGCAAACCAGAGGUGGACGGUCUUCCUAAACUGGCACCUCGUCUCCUCUACUACAAAGACUACGACACCAUAGAGACAGCUCCCUGCUACAAGCAGCUUACCUUUAAGGCCAAAUACAAGAUGUUCUUGUACAACCUCUACAUGGUCAUAUACUCCUCCUACCUAGGACGAUGGUACUUCAACCUGAACUUCCAGUUCAGCGUUCUACUCAUGAGGUACUUCCCCUACCUGGCCUUCUUCAGAUUUGGCAUCAAGAAGUCAUUUGUCAACAUUUUUGAGGAGGACCCUAUAGAUGAUACCGCUCCUAAGACGAACGCUGAGUAUAACAAGCCCUAUUCGCCGGAGCCCUGGUACAAGGCUGCACUCAGCUUAAUUUGGUAGUACACGCAUAUUGUACCUGACGAGGUAAACAGUGAUUAUCGAUAUGAUAUAUGCUCUGCGCACACAAUCAGCAGUUUUAUUCGUUUAUAACGCGAUAAGUGGAUAAGCACCUCAUUGUUGCAAUGUGCCUGACUUGGAGAACAGUUUUUAUACCAAGUUUAGUUUUGUAGAAAUAUUUAUAUUGAGUAUUAUUUGGACAUUCCUUAAUGUUAAGGAUGAUGAAGGUGUCGGGACAUUUGCUGGUAUAGUUUUAUAUACAAUUUAUUUUGAAUGACGUAAAUAGCAAUAAUGUAUAGGUACUGAGUGACUUGCUAUUACCUAAUUAGCAAGCCGAAUUAUAAUGACAUCAUAUCAAUCAUUUUUAUCUUAUGAAUAUCAGAUUAUUUAUUUAUUACUUGGACUUAAUAUUUAUUGACAUACAUAAUCAUUAUGUGGAUUGCAUUUUUGAUAUUGUUAACUGGCAGGCUUAGAGUUAAAAUAGAUUUAAAUGUGCAGGGUUAUUAGGGAAUAUUGUUACCUACAUAUUAAAUCAUUAUGUAGAUUAAUUAGCACAGUAUAAGUGUACAUAAAUAGAAUAUGAGAUGCUAUUGACGAUAUCACGUUUUAUAAGAUUAGUCAAAUGGAACGGACUAAGAUAACAUAAAUAAUUAUUUAUGUGAUAAUUAUCCAGUAACGUGAUGGAAACUGUGUAACCAAUACAUUAGUUUCACAAGCAAUGUAAUGCAAGUUUAGUUUAAGGUUACCAGAAAUAAUAUUGAAUAUUAUGUAUUUUAUAAAUACACUGAUAUUGUGAUAUUGACGAGAACAAUGCAUUAUUGUAAAUAUUUAAUAAGCACGGCGUGUAAUUUGAUACAUGUCUGUGGAUUGAGAUUGUAAUUAACAAUUUGUUAAUAACAAUUUAAUCAUAUUUAAUUGUCAAUCUGCAAUUAUUUAAUAUUAAUAAGAAUCUUUUUUGUGGUCGUUUGUUCAUAAUAUAAUAAUAAUAUUCCGCACAAUGUUAAAUUUAUUUACCUAUUUAUGUAACGUUAACGUCAUGAUGACGAUGCAAUAUUAUGCAACAUUUGCAUAAUAUUGUACAUUUAUUAAGAAAAUGCAUUUUAUCUGAAAUCAAUGACAAUAUUUUUAUUUAUUUAGUAGUCGAAUUUUGUAAACACAUUACUACCUAUAUUGUUGACGUUUUAUUCUGAAAUAAUAAACAGAUAAUUUGAAAUGUAAA